UAUUUCUAAAAGGCUAUUUUUGUAAUCAAACAGUUUUCGACGUCUCCCUCACCGUUCCUUGGAUCAUUGGUAAUCCGGCAGUCUUAAGGUAUGAAUCAACAGGCCAGCUUUAUUUUAGGGUGAACAUAAAAAGAGACGAAGAGGCGUCUUGAAGACGAGCAGGGGUAUUUUGCAGAACACCGAACGCCGAAUGCAGAACACCGAAUGACUCCGAAGUUUAGUGAUUAGGGUUAGGAAAUUGAGUAAACUAAGCUUCAGGUCUGUUUAUCCAGUCUAGUGACUCUAAAUAGAACCUAAUUUUCUCACACUAAACUCAGAGUCAUUUUGCGUUCGGCGUUAUGCAAAAUACCGGCCUGCCGCUUUAACACACGAACUGUACCACUCUGUACGGUUAAUUUUGAAUCGUUUUCCGUACAAAUCUUUGCAAAUUUUGAAAUUUUCACUUUCGAUUAAUCUAUCCUUAGGCACUAAAGGGGCUCGAAUUCUCUAGGCUGUAUAUUUCCGAGUUACCCCAAGCCUCUGUUUCAAAGAGAGGAUAAGUGCAAAGUCAGUCAUAUGAAAAUCAUUUUAUAUUCUGAUGCAAAUGAAGCUCAUUAUCACAAGAAAGGUUUUGCACUUAGCCUCGUUUUGGAGGUGAGAGUUUUUGGAACUUGGAAAUCUGAAACAAUUGAGCAAUGAGCUCAUGAUGAACUGCCCUGUAGGAUUCUUGUCAAACUUCCUUUCGUUACUUCAUGCGAAACAAUAGAACAAUCUUAGUUAUCUAUAGCCUUUAGGUGUUCUUGAAAACCAUAAUACCCGUUUUCAAACCGAACCUUGGGGGCGGCACAUACCUGCAUCGUGUACAGUGUAUAUGGCUUACUUAAGGGAGAAACCCCCCGGGGACGACCCUUGUUAAUGGCAGGGAAUUUCCCCUCAAUAUAACACGGAACAAACGAGGUUUCAUUUCUAAAAAGCUUCAUUUUAAAUGAUUGACAGUUCUCAAGGUCUCCCUGCUCACGGAAUCAGCGGUGCUCUUAAGGUAUGAAUCAAUCAUUUUAUACGAGGGAAAAUAAGGCGAAGAGGAAUCAUUCAGUACUAGCAUACAUAACGAUUUUAUAGCUAUAAACGAUGGCAUCUUCAAACGUCGAACUUCUUGUGAGUCGAACUGCAUGCAAAUGAGCGACAACAACACUAGCAUUAGGUUCGGCACAUGAAAAGUUUCGGCGUUUGAACUGAUCCGUUCUAAAGUAAAAACAGGACGUUUGUGUCUUAGUUAAGACUUGUCGUUUUUCCUAGAACAAAUGGCUCUAAUGUGCAUUUGUAAAGAUAUCAAUUUUAUAGUAAGACAACGAAGAGGGAAGUUCUACAGGAGGCUACAUUUACGGCCUCCAUAUUUGUACGAAAUGAUAUGAUCUUACAGGUUUUGUUCUACUGUUCUACGAAACAAUUAAUACCUUAAAAGACUUGACAUUUAAAAUAUUACUACACCCUUAAAACUUUUGAUUUUUUAGUUUCUGAUAUGCUGGGUUUGAUAAAGUCAGCCACCGUGACUCUUUGAGCUGACUUUUGAUUUCUGCGAAUCUAAACAUCUCUAGGAAGCUUAAAGUUGAUCUAUAAACAGUGAUUGUUUUUGAUGUUUUCGCCCCAACAGAACCGAGUUUUGGUUUGGGUAGCAGGCAAGUAAAGCUGUCUUAAUGAUGAUUGGCGUAGAAUAGUGAUUGACAAUCUUUCAGUUAGUUUGCAAUUGUUAUUCGGGGCAAAAUCAAGGGAAAAAUCCCAUCGAUAGUUUUUUUUUAUUGUUUAUUCUUCUGUUCGCCAGAUCUAGAGAAAACCACUAUGGGAAACACCGAAACUUCGACUCAUUCUCACGUGGUUGACUACAAAGGUAAGAACUAAUUUUAAUUUAAGUUUAACUCUGCUGUUUUAGUCUGAGGAAGGUAGGGAUUCACUUUUAGUACCUGGAUUAAACAUUAAACUGAAAAAUUCCUUCAAAGUCUGCUUUGUGGUUUUCCAAUACUGAAUGACGUAGUUGACUGAUAGCUUGGAAAACUGAAAACAGCUGACGUUUAGUCAGCUGUAGAUCAAGAACGCGUUACACAGUGAAUUUUUAGGUAACGGGUUAACUUGAAUACCACAAUUACACUUUUAUGAAAUAAGCAAGAAGAGAAAGGAAACACGAAUGAAAAGAACAUAUGAAUACCAUCUGAAAGAUUGUAAAACAUUGAAAAUGUAAAAUGAAUGAAAACUCACUUAUAAAACUGAAAGCUCAUCCAUGCUCGGUGUUUACCAUAGGCGUUGACCCUGCUGCAAAACCGGACUAUCUUCACGAGAUUUUAACGGACCAAUCAGGAUGGUGUUCUGGUGAGAACAGUGCUCAGGGAAAUGUGGAAAGCGCACUUUCCAGGGUGAAAGUCUGCAAGCAAGAAGCAAUUGCCGUCCAAGACAGACUCAGAAAUGAGUACUUUUCAGAGUGGGAUGAGACCUGUGAAGUCAUGGAGGCCAGAAAAUUGUCCAUUUACAGGUUAGAUGAACUAGUUUCCAAACUGGAAAAACAGUAUCGCGGUGUGAACUUCGACAUCAGAAGCAAAAUUCAAGGAAUAAGAUGGGCGUCAUCUUGGUCCCACAAAGUGUUCGAGUUUACAUUUGGUGACAACAUUGAUUCUGGUGAGGUUUAUUUUGGAAUAAUAUGCCUGGUAAAAAGCCCCGACGGCCAGAAAGUCGAUGCAGUUAGCUCCCUUUAUAGACUUAACUUUACUCCAGCUCAGGAAAAGGUUGUUACAGAAGAGACUUUUCAGUUUCUUGGUUUUAUACCAGUAGAGAGCAACACGUCAGUUCAUUACCGCAGAAAGAACCUCGGGUAUUUUUCAAAGAAGCAGAUCUCAAAUUUCUGUCGUAUGAAAGCCAUGGAAGCCUUCAAAAGUAAAGGUUUCAUUCAUCACGUGCCAUAUGUUACAUCGCUUUCAGCUAUCAAUAACUAGUAAAGAUUAUGACGCUUUUAAGUUCAGUUAGACUCCAAUCAAAAUAGCAAAUCCAUGAGGUUUUUUUCCUAGCUGGCAAAACUAGGAACUAGGAGGCAGCGUGGCCGAGCGGUUAGAGUAUCAAGUCUCGCCCUGACCGUUAGCUGGAAUUGAUAUUUAAUAGUGCUAUAAAUACUGCCGAGGGUAAAUAAAUGAUUAUCAAUCAUCAAGAACAAAAAGGUUAAGUUUCUUGCUGUCACACAAGUUGAAAUCGUCAAAACCCUUACUAUAAUAAUUUCUAGAUGUACUGCUAACAUGUACCGCAGCUGUUUGGUUUUGUAUCAGGUUUGAAUCAGCAAUAAAAAAUUGUAACUGUC